ACAGCAGCAUCGUCGUCUGCAAAUCUAGAAGCGAAGAUGAAAAUUGUGGCGGCUUAUCUCCUGGCCGUCCUCGGCGGCAACCCCAACCCCUCCGCCGAUGAUAUCAGAUCCAUCCUUGAAUCAGUGGGAGCGGAGGCAGAGGAUAAGAGGAUCAACCACUUCCUCGCGGAAGUCAAGGGCAAGGACAUAACUGAAAUCAUCGCUGCAGGCCGGGAGAAGUUCGCUUCCGUGCCCUCUGGUGGCUCUGUGGCUGCCAUCGGGGUCGCCGCCCCUGGUAGCGGCGGCGCGGGCGGCGCCCCAGCUGUAGAGGAGCCUAAGAAGGAGGAGAAGGUGGAGGAGAAGGAGGAAUCCGACGAGGUUUGGAAUCUUCAACCCAGCAGUCGUGUAUGAUCACCUAGGAGAAAUUUAUUCAGCACUUAUUCUGGGAAGCUUAGUGUUAUGCAUUUUGUUAUACUUGAAAGGUCAUUUGGCACCAUCUUCUUCGGAUUCUGGUUCAUUAGGGAACUUCAUAAUUGAUUUUUAUUGGGUGAGCUUUCUUAACCAGACAUCAUUUGCAGAGUUGUUGUGUCAUUGUUUUUUUCUGGAUUGAUUGCACAUAAAAUAAUCAGAUAAAUGCAUCUGAUUGAUAAUUUGAGAUACUAUGGAGUAUGCAAGGGCCUUGCAAAUAUCUCAAAAAAAAAAACAAAUGAACAUAUUACAAUGGAUUUGUUGAUUUAUUUUUUAAUCACUGUUACCUAAUCAUGGCAGGUUAUGUGCCAAUGCUUAAACUUUUAUUAGCUAUAUUUGAUAGUGAAGGAUUUUAUCUGUUACUUGUUCCCAGAUGUAUCACUAUUUUUACAUAUUACAAUUAUGUUUGCAUGGGUGCACUCUAUUCUUGCAUUUCCAUUCUCUGUACUAAUGGUUACAUGAGAUUUCUCCAAUCUGCAUAUAG